AUGGGUAACUACUCCAAAGCACUUGAAUAUCAAGAAAAAGCACUUAGAAUAAGAGAAAUAGCUCUGCCUCCAAAUCAUCCCAAUUUGGCUACAUCCUACAACAACAUUGGAGAUAUUUAUGCAAACAUGGGUGACUACUCCAAGGCACUUAAAUCUCACGGCGAAGCACUUAAAAUAAGAGAAAUAGCUCUACCUUCGAAUCAUCUUGAUAUGGCUUGUUCCUACAACAACAUUGGUUUAGUGUAUAAAAACAUGGGUGACUACCCGAAAGCACUUACAUAUUACGAGAAAGCGCAUAAAAUCUUAGAAAACACUGUACCUCCGAAUCAUCCAGAUUUAGCUACUUCCUACAACAACAUCGGUACAUUGUAUAGCAGCAUGGGUGAACACUCGAAAGCACUUCUAUCUCAAAGCGAAGCACUUAAAAUAAGAGAAAUAGCUUUUCCUCCGAAUCAUUCCAUUUUGGCUUAUUCUUACAACGGCAUCGGUGGAGUAUUUAUGAACAUGGGUGAAUACUCAAAGGCACUUUGUUUUGCAGAAAAAGCACUUGCUGUCCUACAAAAGUCACUUCCACCAGAACAUCCUCUCAUAAAAAAAACGAUGGACAACAUUAAUGCUGUGAAAAAAAAGCUAUAG